AAGACACGAAAUUAAGCCGGAACACAGAGACAAAGAACCCCCCCAGGCCAAUAUAAAACGAAACCGGACUUACUAAUUACCAUGAAGAAGUGAAAACUUCAUUAGAGCCGUUGAAGAAGGAUCAUUCUGGAGUUGAUGCUGCUUAAACCCCGAGCUAAGAUUUUAGGUUUUGAGUUUGAAACAGUAUAAAUAAACUGCCCUCUCUCUUCUUCUUCUCCCUUAGGGUUUACGCCGGAACACAAGCUUUACUCUUGUUCUAAGACGACGUCGUCCCCUGAAACUUCUCCAGCAAUUGACUGAAAAAUUGAAGCAAUGUCAGAUAAUCUUCCUCAGGAAGUCAUAACCAAUAUCUUACUUAGACUACCCGUUAAAUCUUUGGUCAUAUGCACCUCAGUCUACAAGUCAUGGGGGUCUAUGAUUAAGAACUCGAGCUUUAUUCGAGCCCAUCUCAGCCGCACAACCAACGUCAAUAACCUUUAUGGCACUCACCUCCUACUACUCCACGAGGUUUCUUGUAGAAGUUAUAGCAGAAGCUUUGGCCACCACCAGUCCAUCCACGGGCUGAUAGAAGAGGUUUACUCUUUGCAUUAUGAUAACCAUGUUUUUGAUGAGUACUGCAAGAUAGGAUUUCAAUCUCCAAUUGCUGAUGGGGGAAUGUGUAAUGAGUGCUUCCGUGUGGUCGGCGUUUGUAAUGGGCUGGUAUUCCUUGCAGAUGAUUUAUCGCAUUUUGGUUACAACUUCAUAAUAUGGAAUCCGUCUAUAAGAAAGUUGGUAACCCUUCCCAAGCCUGGCCUUAGAUAUCAGACUGUUGGUGGGUAUAAUGCUUGUCAUGGGUUCGCAUUUGAUGCUAUUACAAAUGACUAUAAGGUUGUGAGGCUUGUCGAGGAUCAAAAGGGGGAUAUGGAUGAUAGUGAUGAUGCUGCGAAUCAAACAUUUGUGGAGGUUUAUUCAUUAGCUGCAGGCUCAUGGAGUGACCCUAGGUUUGUUGAUCCCCAAUGUGAGAUAAAUAUAGGCUCACCCCAGGCUUUUGUUAAUGGGGCUCUUCAUUGGGAUGCAUGCGAUUUGACAAGUAGCUCAUAUCGCUAUUUUAUACUGGCAUUUGAUGUGAGCAGUGAGUCAUUCCGAGAGAUAAUGAUGCCAAAGAGUUUGGACUUGGAUUUACAAAUAGACUUGACGUUGCAAUUGUCUGUUUUAGGAGAUGGAAAAUCCCUUGCUUUGUUCAUGACAAAUCCUACUCUUAUACAACACAAUUCGUUUCUUGAUAUAUGGGUGAUGAAAGAGUAUUCUGUGCAGGAGUCGUGGACCAAAUUGAUUACUCUCCGUCCACAAGGUCCAGCAGAGAGUUUACUCAAAGCAUUAUGUUUUAGGAAGAGUGGCGAAGUAGUGCUGGAAAUAUAUCAUGGCCGGUAUGAAGGAGAAAAAGCUAGAAUUGAAUUAUAUUCACUAGAUCUUGCAAGCGGGCAACUCAAGACUCUUGGGAUUUCUAGAUAUCAAUAUUACACCAUGGAUCCUUACGAAGAGAGCAUUGUCUUACUUGACAGGAAUGAUGCAGUUUCUUGCUGAGGAAAAGAAGAGGUUUCUAAUGCAGCAACAGCAAUCUUUUGCUUGAAGUGAUGGUGUAUUUUCUUGGGAUGCAACUUCUGAUCUCAAGUGCUGAUGUAGAUGUGCUACUAGUUUUCUUGUUUUCUUGAUUUGUUGUGCUAUUGUAAACUCUUAAACGGUGAGGAUGGUUUGUUUCGAACUAGCACUUCUUUUUUCUUCUUUUUUUUUGGCAAUGUCUUUAUUGAAACUCCCUGAUACAGCUAUAGCAGUAGUCUUCACAAGUUUGCUUUUUAUAUUGAAUUUCUCUACCAUAGACUUUGAGA